GCUACCAAUCAGUCGUACCCAACUCAACAACAGCUAAAUUCAGGGGUCUAACAGAUCAGCCUUUCGAUAAUGAGGGUUAACGCGCCAAUAUCACUUGCAGGUCUCGGGCGGAAAUGCUUUAUGACCCCAUAUCCACGUGACCACGCGACUUUUCGUGGAGACGCGUGCUGGGAACCACUCUUAUUAUCGAUCUCGCAAAACCGAUUCGCAGAGCGAACGCCUAUAGCAGUGUCCGGGUGAGAUCAUUGACGAAAGGAUGCGCAGAGAUACACGCCUCUAUGACUAGAAGCAAUUUGAAGACCCAUUUAAAAUGGCUCUUGGAUCAAGGCCCGUCGCUAUAUCCAGUUCUGACACCGCUCGCGUGGGACACCCAUGUCAAUCCGACCGGCUCUCAAAACAAUCCGGUCCCAAUCUUGAAUUUGAUUGAGAGCCACCAAGAGCUCAGCAUCAAGGAUUCGCAGCCUAUUCUCGAAUCGGCGAUCAAUGACCCUGCGGGCAAUGUGAUAGAUAUCGAAUCCGACAAAGAUAUGCCGCGCCUAAUGUUAGAUCACGGGUUAUCAGCAAGCAAACCACGGAUGCUCAGCGCCGAAGAGUUACAUAACUCGGCUCGCAAGGCCUCCAAAAGUUCGUCCGUAAGACAGGAAGUCAGCCAGACUCCUCGAAAUAAAAUGGUUGAAGAACUUCCCAGUACGAUUCCAUCCUUUCGAGAUCGCAAAGAGCAAGCGAUACCACCCGUACGGCCGAAACGGAAGCUAGACAUACCGUCUUCGUUUCAGGAUAUUGACACAAUCGAUUUGACUGAAGACUUCGACUCUAACGCGCUAUCGUCCGAAAUUAGGAAGGAGUUUGAUGAGCUACACCGGCGCCAGACUGAAGACGCCGCUCCUAGGACGAACCUCACCAACAAGCGAGGAAAGAAGAGAAAGAGUGACGAAGAGGCGUCUGACUUCUUGCCUUUGAGAGAGCCUACUCGCAGGGCUUGCUCACCUCCUGUCUCUAGUAAGACAGUACAAUCUGACCGAUACAUCUCAAACUUCGUCCCUCGAGCGAUUUUGAGAGAUGAAGUCCCUGCGUUUAGACAAAAGAAGCAGGAGGAUUCACAUUUAACAGCUCCCGACAGAGCUGUGUCUGUCGCGGAGUCAGACGUUGAGAGUAUUGGUAGCUUGUUUGAUCUGGUCGAGACCAAGCAGUCCUCGCCUUAUGUGACCAAAAAAUCGUUGUAUGCUGCUCUGCCUUCCGAAGAGCAUUCAAGCACCCAGCAACCGAGCCUUCCACCGUCACCGGAACCAGAAGAGCCUAUAUCUCCGGAUUCCAUGGACAUACCAGAGACUGCCCGGUCCACUGCUCUAUGCCCUGGCAGUACGAAACCGCAUAGCUCACACGCACUGCUGCCGCCGCAAUCGGAUGCUGAACCGAGAAAUCAGGGUGUUGAAAGAUUCUUGCAAGUUCCUGCGGAGUCAUUGAGGCGCUUGGUGACAUGCUUGGAAGACACUAUUAAAAAGAACUCGGGGAUCGUUUACCAAGGAAUGUUGAAUGGCGAAAACACUUCUGAACUGCACGCAAUAGUAUCGAAGAACGGCACACUCACAGCUCAAAUCCGAGCAGUUAAGGCCUUAACUGCACAGAAGUCUGCCUACUUGUCGCGCGAAGCAGAAUCAAAAGCUCUGAAAGAUGUCAUUAUGCAUGCCCUGAACCAAGGUACAUCGGAUGUGUUGCCGAAAAUUGAACAGCAGAAGGAACUUACGUCGCAAUUGAAAGAUAUGGAGGCUAACAUGUGUCUCCUGUUACGAGAGGCGGACUUGUUCUCGGUCAUGAAAGAGUUCUCUCUGGAAACCAGAGAAAUCGAACUGGAGCGAUUACAUUCUUUACCUGCAACUACAGCGCCUAGCAUUCUUGGCGGCGCUGAGAACAAAAGUUAUCGCAACAGUCCUGUCGCUAACAAUAGUGCCUUUAGACCAGAUUACGACGCAAGGGAAACUCGCCUGGUUACUUCAAAUCAUCGAACAAGCUCUUUUACUGGUAGUCUCGGGAUUCCGGAGGCUAAUCGUACCAAAAACCAUGAAGUAACGAGUGACAAUGAGACGACCUUUACCGGAAAGAUGGGUUCUACUCUGCCGCCGGUGGAAGAUUCGGACGACUUCGAUAUGGAUGUCUUGGAUGAGGAUAUUCUGGAAGCCGCAGACAAUUGUCAGGAAGAGCAACCGUUCACCAAAGAUAGACAUGAACCAUGCAGUCGUCCAGUAUUUGCUGAGACCUCAGGAAAUGUCCGCAGGCUGCCCGCCACGCAGAAAUCUCAAACUCAUGGUACACUUUGGGGUCAGCAUCCGUGGACGAAGGAUGUGAAGAUUGCCCUGAAAGAGAGAUUUCACCUUAGGGGAUUUCGACCUAAUCAACUUGAAGCAAUUGACUCGACCUUGAGUGGAAAAGAUACGUUUGUGCUAAUGCCAACGGGAGGAGGGAAGUCUCUUUGCUACCAGCUGCCGUCUGUUAUCUCCAGCGGCUCAACCAGGGGCGUUACCCUUGUGAUUUCGCCACUUCUGAGUCUGAUGCAGGACCAGGUCUCCCACUUGCGACAAAAUAAGAUCAAAGCAUAUUUGAUCAAUGGUGAUACGCCAUCUGAAGAACGUCAAUGGAUCAUGAGCACCCUGUCUAGUCAUAAUCCUGAAACGCACAUCGAGCUCCUCUACAUCACACCGGAAAUGAUUAGCAAAAGCCACGCUCUUACUGACCGCAUUGAAAAGCUCUGUAGCAUCCAGAAGCUCGCGCGGGUUGUCAUUGAUGAGGCCCACUGCGUUAGUCAAUGGGGCCACGAUUUCCGUCCGGACUACAAACAGAUCGGCGCAUUUCGAGCACGGAUACCUGGUGUUCCCCUGAUGGCGCUGACGGCGACGGCAACGGAAAAUGUUAAGGUCGAUGUGAUACACAACCUUAGAAUGCAGGGUUGCGAAGUAUUCACCCAAAGCUUCAACAGGCCGAACCUUACAUAUGAGGUUCGUCGCAAGGGAAAGCAUGCCGAACUUCUUGACAGCAUAGCGGACACAAUCAAGUCAACGUAUCGAAACAAAUGUGGCAUCGUUUAUUGCCUCUCACGAAACACCUGCGAAAAGGUAGCUGAAGCCCUUCGAACAAACUAUAGCAUCAAAGCCGAGCAUUACCAUGCAGGCUUGGAUGCGGAAACGCGCGCACGGACUCAACAACGAUGGCAAGCUGGAGAUGUACAUGUUAUAGUUGCUACGAUUGCUUUCGGUAUGGGUAUCGAUAAGCCAGAUGUGCGAUUUGUAAUACAUCACAGCAUUCCCAAGAGCCUGGAAGGAUACUACCAGGAAACCGGACGCGCUGGGCGUGAUGGCAGACGCUCUGGCUGCUACCUUUAUUUCUCUCACCGGGAUGUCAGUACAAUGCAGAGCAUGAUCGAAAAGAACGAGGAUUCUGACGACGUACAAAAAGGUCGACAGACCAGAAUGCUGAAUGACGUGGUGAAAUACUGUGAGAAUGCAAAUGAUUGCAGGAGAGUUCAGAUACUUGCAUAUUUUAGCGAAUCAUUUAAGCGCCAGGACUGCAAUGCUUCUUGCGACAACUGCAAAUCAGGGGACACCUUUGAGGUACAGGAUUUUUCAGAGCACGCCUCAGCAGCAAUUAAGAUUGUUCGGUACUUUCAGGAACGGAACGAAAGGGCAACACUUUCAUACUGUGUGAACAUCUUUCGUGGAACCACGAAGUCAUUCAGGUCACCUGAGCACCGGGAGGCGCCCUCCUUCGGUGAUGGUUCGGGCAUAGCAGUUGGCGACGCGGAACGACUCUUUCGCAAAUUGCAUAGUGAAAGAGCAUUGACAGAAGAGAACAUAGUGAAUAGGGGUAAUUUCCCCAUUCAGUACGUCAAACUGGGGCCCCGUGCAUCCGACUUUGAAAGCGGCCGACGGCGCCUCAGGCUUGAUGUUCGAGUAUCUCAUGAUGGCAGUGGCCGACCACGGGGUGAUGUUGGGCGGAAUUACUUACCGCAAUCUACCAACGUCUCGUCACCAGUUCGGUCAGCAAAUCGACGUCGAUUGGAACGUUACCGGCACGUAGAUUCUGCAGCAAACGAGUCUGACACCGAUGUGGAUAGCGAUGGAUUUGAGAAGGUUCGCAUUGCUGGUAGAGACGAGCGAAAGAAAAAAAUCAUUCCCGGACCUCCGAUCACCCAAGGCGACCGUUUUGACCAACUGGACCAUCUUCACAGAGCUGUUGCGGAAGAUUUCAUGGUCUAUGCCAAAAACUAUUGCCAAGAGGUGGUUAUGGAUAAAGGGCUUAGGAACCAGCCUUUCAGUGACACAAUUCUUCGUGAGAUGGUCAUGGUCUUCCCCAAAGGUAAAAAUAAAGGGGAGAUGCUUCAGAUUCCCAACAUAGACCCAGACAAAGUUCACCGAUACGGUGACAAGAUACUCAAAUUACUUCGGGACACCAAACAACGUUUGUCUGAACUGAAGCAGGCGGGGGAUGAUGUCGAUGGCGUUGUCCCUGAUCCCAACCAUCACAACGUGGUUAACAUUAGCGAUGAUGAAUUCAGCGAUGCCGAUGAUGUCUUUAUGUAUGAAGACGAUAUCUUGCAGCCUGAUGACACAAUCAUUACCAGCGAAUAUUUCUCAAAAUCUCAGCAACCAUUCCAGGAUGAUUCGGGUGAUGAGUACCACCCCUCACCAAAAUCUAGCAUUUCCAAGUCACAGAAACAGAAGAACACUAGCAAACGACCUCCUCGUCGAAAGAGCGGCGGUGCAAAGCAAAGGGCGAAGGGUACACGCAAACCCAAGACGAGUAGCCGCUCGCAAGGCCGCUCCAAUUCGCGAAAAGAGACCAAGGGAAGACAAAAGCAACCUACAGGCCAGAUAGGUAUGAUGCCGAUUUAACAAUUGUUGGUUUUCCCUUUCGUCUAUUGCUUAUUAUGAUGAAUUCUAUGUCACUGGCGGAUGAGUAGCUUCCGUUUCUGUUAUUGGUCACAUUGCAUGUUUAGGCGUUUUGCUCGGCUCGAAUCUCGUUCAUGAACAUGAUAUCCAAUCAGGUAUUAUAUAGGGCGUUGCAGGUUAGUUAGAUGCAAAUAUACUAAUCUUAGAUCCUUUCGGCGGCCUCCGCUGGUAUCCCGGAGGUCUUGCUGUAGCCCUCAAUAGUCUAUUCGAUUUAGUCACUCAAUGAACGCCCGAAAUCAAUCAACCUUAACCGUCUAGCGUCGCGUGGGUGAAAUUGAGCAACCUUGGCCCUAACUAAAAACCUGGACGCGGCUGAAUCACGCGGUAAAUAUGUAUAGGACGAACCUGCCUCUAGUAGAGCAUCGAGUAGUUCGUGUAUUUCAGUCGCUGCAACUUCUUUCCUACUUGA